GACCCCAGGAUCAACGGUUUCUGGGUGAGCUACAGAUCCUGCGGUCAGAGAGCCGUGGGGCUACAUCCAGGCAAGUGACUCCUUGGGGGAAAACUGUCAUCCUCAAAUUCCCCAAGUCUGAAUCAAGGUUGUUCUCCUUACAAUGGACAGGCUGGUGGUGAAGAUCCUGGUCGUGCUUGCUCUUGGGGCCGACCACUGGGCUUGCUCAGGUUUCCCUGUGUAUGACUACGACCCUGCCUCCUUGCAGGAAGCCCUCAGGGCCUCUGUGGCAAAAGUGAAUUCCCAGUCGCUGAGUCCCUACCUGUUUCGGGCAUUCAGAAGCUCACUCAAAAGAGUCAAUGCCUUGGACGAGGACAAUGUGAUCAUGAAUUUGGAAUUCAGCAUUCGAGAAACUACAUGCAGGGCAGAUUCUGGAGAAGAUCCUUCUUCAUGUGCCUUCCAAAGGGGCUACUAUGUGCCAACAGUCACAUGCAGAAGCACAGUGCAGAUGUCCGGAGAAGAGGUGCAGGACGUGUGGGCUCGCUGCCAUUGGUCCUCCUUCUCCGACUCCAACAGCAGUGAAGAGAUGAUUUUUGGAGAUGUGUUGAGAGCCAAUAGGUGGAGAAAUGAACAUCCACUUGGUCUGACUCGCGAGGACCCCAGAAAUGAGCACUUUUAUGAUCGCUCACUUGAUGUUGUGAGAAGGAGUUUCUCUCCUGGAAGAUACCUGAACUACCAGCGCAGACCAAGAAUCCGUACUGCCUUUGAGUGAUGGUCUUGAGAAAGAUUCAUGGAAGGAAAAGAAGUUCCAAUGAGAGAAACUUUAUGAACCAUGUAAUUUUUCUUCUGAUCAAUUGCAGUCUGUAAUAAACAUGUUACUUUCCCU